ACUCAUCAACGUUUCCACACACAAAAAUACACUCUGCUCUUCUUUUCUUUGAUUUUUUCUCCUUUCUGUACAUUCAAAUGGCCACCAUCGAGGUUGAACAAGUGACUCCAGCAGCAGCUGAGAACGUCGAGGUGCCACCACCAAAGACAGCUGAGACGGAGGAAACCGCCGCCCAUGCAUCCACUGAGGCUGCUCCAGCUCCCGUGACAGAAUCUGAAGCUACCGUCGAAGUAGCAAGUAAAGAGGUGGUCGCAGAAGAAGCAGAGGAAACCAAGACAGAGACUGAAGAGAUCAAGAAAGAGGAAGAAGCUCCAGUGGCCGUUGUGGAGGCAGAGACCAAAACAGAGGAAGUUGAAGAGCCUAAGAAAGUGGAAGAAGAAACCAAAACAGCUGAAACUCCAGCGGUUGUGAAGGAAGAGAAGAAGCCAGAAGCAGAGGAGGAGAAACCCACUGAAGUUGCAGCCGUGGAAGCCGCCGCAGCUCCGGUGGAAGUUCCAGUGGAGAAGGCUGACGAGUAAACUGUUUGCUACUUUUAAGUACGUUGAGUCUUGCUUUGUUGCCCGAGUCAUCAAUGGUUUAUUAUAAUGAAUCCUCUUUAAAUAAAAUACUAUACAUUGUUUUAUAUAUAAUUUUACUUGAUC